AUACAGAUGUUAUAUCAAGUUGUAUGAUUUUCCUCCGACAUCAUCAACCGAAGAAAAUGAUGAGCUGGCAAAAAUGCCUGCUUCACAAAAGAAGAAACUGAGGCAAAAACAGAGGAAGGCUGAAGCAAGGGCAAAAAAGGAGGCGGAAGUGAAGAAUGAGGAAGCUAAUGUUGGUGUUUCCAAAUAUGGGAAAAGAAAUGUUAAGACGGUUGAUCCGGAUCCAAAUGGAGAGAAAUUAUUGCAGAUGCUUGGUAUGUGUCAUAUUUUUAUUUUGCAUCAUAAAAUUUUAUAUUUUAUUCAACAAAAAGAUGAAAACAACAAAGCCUUGUCCUCAAAGAAGAUUCCAGAAGCUUCUACAGAUGGAGGUGUAGCAAAAGACCAAAAUGCCCCUAAUGUUACUAAAGUAAAAACCCAAAAAAUGACAACAAAGAUUAAGAAUCAUUUAGUGAAUCGGACUCAAGCUCAGAAUCAGAAUCAUUUGGCAGAUUCCAGCACACGAACUCCAUCAAGAAAUCCAUCAUCAUCAGGGGAAAGUGAUUCCAGCAUUGACUCCAGAAGAUAUGAAGUGAAAAAAAAUGAAGGUGGUGGAAACAACAACAUGAACUCACAGUAA